UCACGGGCGGUGUGGCGCCCAUCCCUUCUUUUGGCGGGACGAAGGCAAUUUCUUCUUUGCCGGGCAGAACUCGAUUGAUUGCCUCCAAAGUACACGCCACCUGCGUGCCCUUAUCCCUUCUUCCGCUACUUGAGUAGCGGGUUGGAAUUCUGUAUCUUAUUUUUUCCGCUGUUUUAUGAAAAAGGCGAUGGCCUUGAGGCAUCAUCGUCGAAUCGAACUGACCGGCCUCAUGUAAUUCAGAGGUCCUUAUUCAUCUGGCGCCAUCACGAUUCGAACUUAGGCGCGUCUAUCAGCCGUUCAUGGGUGUACCAAACAGCCACUUGCGGCUUGGAAUUCCGGGUGCACGGAGUUCGCUUCAGCAGGCGCGUAUGCGAAGCCAGUUUGUUCAAGACAUCCAGCGCUGACGGAUGGUCUGAAAUCUUCUAUUCUUUAGCCUGAUUGAGACGAAUCUCAGGCUGGUUUGACUUUGGCUGGAUUAAGUCUUCUUGGCGCCAUGGAGGGCUUGACCGUUUUGGAGCGUAAUGCGAUCCGGGAACUACAGCAGAAGAUGCAAGAUCUUGACAAAGAUCUGAUGCGAUCAUUUGAGGUCAUGCAUGGAGGAUACCUGGAAUGGACACUUUUAAGGUUUCUCAAGGCCAGAGAGUUCAACGUGCCCAAGGCGUAUCAAAUGUUGACAGAUUCCCUGCGGUGGAGGAUCAAGGAGGGUGUGGACAAUGUCUUGCAGCGGGACCUGACGGAGGAUGUUUUGAAGAGGGUUCGCCAUGGUAGCCUCAUCGCUUUCAGAGGAUACUGCAACAAGGGAAGACCUAUAUUUGCUUAUGCUCUUGGUCUCUCGGACUUUGUGGGGGCAACGGUGGAGGAGCACGUGGCUGCACACAUUCAGUUGAACGAGUAUAGAGACAGGGUCAUUCUGGUAAAGGGCACUCCCAACUCCGAUUUGUCCUGAGAUAAGAGGGGUGAGGAUCUUGACACAUGGUUAAGGUCAGUGCCAGUCUAUGUGAAGUGCAAGGUGACCUUGCAACACGAGGAAGUGCUUGUGGCUGCCUCCUAUCUAGAGGGGAGUGCAACAAGAUGGUUAAGCGGGUAUGUGCAACUUCAGGGGUACGGUCAUGACCUUCGCGCUUGGGCAGUUAACCAGAAGUUGGAUGACUUUCUCAAGCUGGUGGAGGAACGGUGGCAUGAUCCGCAGGAGGCCCAAAAGGCCACUGAUGCGAUUCUGACCCUGAGCUCAAGGAAGUUAAGACCCAUCGUUUCGUGCAUAAAAGUUCUCGAUACGUCGGGACUAAAGAUGUCAGCCCUAUCAAAGCUGAAGAUUGUUACGGCCAUCGCAUCAAUUGAUGAUCUGAACUAUCCAGAGAAGACAGACACAUACUACAUUGUUAAUACGCCGUAUGUCUUCUCGACAUGCUGGAAGGCAUAGGAAUGAAAACUGCAUACUUAC